UGAAAUGGCGGCUAUUUUGUUUUUAUAGUUUUGUGUAAUAAUUCUAUUUUAUGUAGUAUUUCAUAUUGUACUAUACUUUUAAUUAUCCUUUCAGUUAAAUAAGGUCAAUGAAUUAUUUCGAAUAGGUAAGGUUUCAUAAUAACCUUAAACAGACACAAAAUGUUAUCAGACGACGAUUUGUUUGUGGUUAUAGUAGAUGACCAAUUGGAAGCUACAAGUGCGAAUACCAAAAUUCCAUUAGAUUUUGAAAUUAAAGAGGAACCUAUCGAUGAAGAACCAGAGAACAUUGUCGAUGUGGAGAAUCUUUUAGAAGUGGCAUCGAAGUUCGGUCAAGUAGAAUAUGUAUUGCCUAAUAAUUCUCUGAUUGAACAUAGUUUGGAAUCCAACAAUAAACUAGAAUUAAAGGGAAAUGAAUACACAAUUUGUGUAGUAAAGCAGGAAGAACUUUCAUCUGAUCACGAUGAUGUAAUUAGUGAUAUAGAAAUUGAGGAUACUGACUGCAAAGAUAAGGAUUAUCACCCUGAUAUAGAGUUGGAAAGUGAUGAUGACAGUAAAAAACCCGUGAUACGAGUAUUAAAGCCAGAUAUGUGGAAAUCGUAUGUAGAUGUGUUAAGGAAAAAGUUUCCAAAGUUGCGACGAGACUCCGCUGGGUUAAUUAACGCAUUGGUGGAAGUUAUGAAAGUUGUUAAAAGACCACAACCACCUCCAAAUUAUUUUGUAAUGAAUGAAUCGCAGUAUCAGUGUGUAAAAUGUGGAGCUCUCACUAAAACAAAUCCGGCCGCCUGGCUCCACUAUCAAGAAAAGCAUGGGAAACGUUACCUCACCUGUUUUGCUUGUGGCAUGACAUUUAGAAGCACAACAAAUUUAUACAAACACGAGAAGCUAUGUCCCGCACCUGAUGCUACUAUCGUGCUGAAGGCUCGCGCCCUCACCCUCGGCCGCAAGGGGCGCGGUCGUCCAUUCCUACCUAAAUUCGAUACUAAAAAAGCCAGAGUCUCGCAGAAACGGUAUCCAUGCAACUUGUGUCCAGCGGUGUUCAACAGUAAGUUUAACUUGAGAUCGCACGAACAUCUGCACCGCGGUGAGCGACCCUACAGAUGCCACUCCUGUCCGGCCGCCUAUACCGGCCCCUCUGCUCUUAGGCGGCAUAUAGCGAAGCAUAGCAAUAUCAAGUAUACAUGCGAUCACUGUAAACGAGAGUUCGUUACAAAAACAAAUCUCGUGACGCAUAUGGACACACAUCUACCGGAGCCCCGUUUCGCGUGCGAGUCGUGUCCCCGGCGCUACGCCACCCGCGCGGCUCUGAGACUGCAUCAGCGCCGCGUACACCUGCAACUGCCGCCGCCCUGCGCCUGCCAGCUGUGUCCUAGAAGAUAUCCCCGAAUGUCAGUGUUAAAAAAUCAUAUGAGGAAAGUUCACGGGAUGAUUUUAAUGACACGCAGAAUGUUCUUCAAACAAUUACCAACACUGCCUGACGCCCAACUGGCGAUGGAUCCUAAUGAUUCGACACCUAAAAUCAAGAUUAAAAUAAACGAUUUUGAUGACACUGAAUUAAUUUUGAACGAGCAAACAGGUUUCAUAACAGGCAAACAUAUUAGUGCAGACGAGAUGUUGGCGCAACCAGUGUCUUAUAUAUUCACCAAGAUGGAGAAUGUCGAACAAAAUGGUAACGACAGGAAGAGUAGGAAGCGACGAAAGAAACGUAAUGACACUUCGUAGUCCAUAACAGAUUGUAAAAUAGUUUUUUAUGAGGUUAUUACAUAAAUUCGUUACAAAGUGAUUUUAUUUAAUUAUCUAAUUGUAAACGCAACAUUGAUCCCAUAGUAUUGUAACACAGUGGCUCCAAUGUCCAUAUAAGCAAUGAAAAUGAUUAUUUUUCAUUUUACGAUAUUAAAUGCCGAAUUUUUGCUUUUGAUUGUUAAAAUGUACCGGAUUUUUAUAUGUAUGUGAUAUAUG